AUGGGACUGGAGGCCCCUCAGCGUUCGGGAAUUCUGGAAGAUCUCCGGGGACCCUCCAGGGGCCUGGAAUCAUGUGGAGGGUCGCAGCCCUGCGAAGGGGACUGGGGAGCCGAGAACGCGGUCCUGGGAGUGCAGCUGGUGGUGACCCUGCUCACCGCCACCCUCAUGCAUAGGCUGGCACCGCACUGCUCCUUCGCACGCUGGCUGCUCUGCAAUGGCAGCAAGAUGUUCCUGACAGUGACCCGGCUGUAUUUCAGCGCAGAGGAGGGGGGUGAACGCUCUGUGUGCCUCACCUUUGCCUUCCUCUUCCUGCUCCUGGCCAUGCUGGUGCAGGUGGUGCGGGAGGAGACUCUCGAGCUGGGCCUGGAGCCAGGCCUCGCCAGUAUGACCCAGAACUUGGAGCCACUUCUGAAGAUGCAGGGCUGGGACUGGGCGCUCCCUCUGGCCAAGCUGGCUAUCCGCAUGGGGCUGGCAUUCGUGGGAUCCAUGCUGGGGGCCUUCCUCACCUUUCCAGGCCUGCGGCUGGCCCAGACACACCUGGAUGCGCUGACCAUGUCGGAAGACCGGCCCAUGCUGCAGUUCCUUCUGCAGAUGAGCUUCCUGUCCCCUCUGAUCAUCCUGGGGCUCUGGACCAAGCCCAUUGCACGGGACUUCCUGCACCAGGCACCUGCUGGGGAGAUGACCUUCUCCCUGCUGUCGGACUCGGCCUUCGACUCACUGCGCCUCUGGGUGCUGGUGGCGUUGUGCCUGCUAAGGCUGGCCGUGACCCGGCCCCACCUGCAGGCCUACCUGUGCCUGGCCAAGGCCCGCGUGGAGCAGCUGCGGCGGGAGGCCGGCCGCAUAGAGGCCCGUGAGAUCCAGAGGCGGGUGGUGCGGGUCUACUGCUACGUGACAGUGGUGAGCCUGCAGUACCUGACGCCCCUCAUCCUCACUUUCAACUGCACGCUGCUGCUCAAGACGCUGGGCGGCUACUCCUGGGGCCUGGGCCCGGUUCCCAUGCUGUCCCCUCCCCCGUCCUCAGCCCACGAUCGCCUGGUGGGCCCCGGGGAGGAUGAGGCCCAGCAGACGGCGGCCCGGAUCGCAGGGGCCCUGGGCAGCCUGCUCACGCCCCUCUUCCUCCGCGGCGUCCUCACCUUCCUCAUCUGGUGGACCGCCGCCUGCCAAUUGCUCUCCAGCCUCUUCGGCCUGUACUUCCACCGGUACCUGGCGGGCUCCUAGCCGCCCGCAGAAGACGCUCCUGGGGCCCCGAGGUCCGGGCCGAGCUAGCGGUUCCCGGCCGCCUCCUCCGUGUGUGCCUCAGUGUCCUCAGGUGCAAGGCGGGCCUGGGAGUCCCCGCAGCGCCUGCUGUGCGGGUCCACUUCACCGCAGUGCCUGAGCUGUGGCCCCCUUGGAUCCCGGGUUUCUGCCUCAAAACUGUUGCCCUGGGCCCACUGGCAGAGGAUCCCAGGGCCAUUGUUCCCAGAUGGCACGCCCCCCUCCCCCAUUUGAGGCAGAAGUGGGGGUUCAUUCUUCUGAAUAAAAGAGCAGACUG